AUGGAAAACGGGAACGAGGAACGGCAACGGGCGACCGACAAUGGUAGUGGCAGCGGUGACGGUGGCGGUGGCUGCAACGGCAGCAACGACGGCAGCUACGACGGCAGCAGCAUCGAGACACAGCGGCAGGAGCAUAAACAUCCCAGUGGCGGCGGCGGUGGUGGUAGUGGUAGUAGUGGUGGAGGUGGUGGUGGUGGUGAUGCUGGUGGUGGUGGUGGUGGAGGUGGUGGCGGCGACGUUGGCGGCGGUGGCGGCGGAGGCGGCGGGGGCAGCGCGCACGUUCCACACCGUGGGCGUCGCCAUCGAGUUCCUACCACAACGGCAGGGGUGUUCUAUGACGCUAUAGAUCAUGCGGGCUCCGCCUGGUAG